AGAGGAUUUAGAUGAGUUGAGCAACAGUCAAGAUGUUAUUCAAUCCGAAUCCGAUUCUGAUUCUGAUUCCACUCAUUCUGCUGAUUCCACUGGCUCCUCUGAUUCGGGGGAUUCGGAGGGGUCAGUAUCAUCAAGUGAAGAGGCAAGUGAUCGUUCUAGAGACAAGGAUUACAGAGUUGAUAAUUCUUCUAGAUCUGUUAAUUCAGAUGAUUCGAGUUCUUCUAGUGAGGAUGAGAAUGAGUCUGGUUUUGUGAAUCAAGUGAGUCCUAAUGGAAAGGGAAAGGAUAAAAUGGUUGAGGAUGGAAAGGGAAAAGAAAAAGUGUUUGAUGUUGGAAGUGUUGAGGGAAAGGAAAAGGAGAAAAUGGUUGAAGUUGGAUUAAAGAGAGGAAGAGGAAGACCCCGUAAAGUUGUUAGUUUGGGUCAAUCCAUCUCUUGUAGUUUGGAUGGUGUGGGAAAAGAUUUUGAACCUAAAAGUGUUGCAGAACGUCUUCGACUGCGACAACGUGUUUGUAAAUCCAAAAACUCUGAAAAGAAGAAACAGGAGAUUGGGUCAUUUAGUGGCCCAUUUGCUCUUAGGGAUGAGGAUGAAGAUGAGAUUGAUGGUGAUGGGAACACCUGUUUUCAAAGUGGCAAUGAUGUGUGGAAAGUUGGUGAGAAAGGUGGGAAAAGAGAAGGGAAAGAAGAGGUGGCCAGGCCUACUAAGAGAAGCCAUAAUGGUGUGGAUGCUUCUGCUUCUAUAAUAGUUGAAAAGAUUCUUGCAGAUUCUAUUUGGGAGAAAGAAGGGGAUGUGCGUCUGGAAAAUUUAGUUUCCCCUGGAGACGGGGUUCCUGAUCAAGAAACAACAUUAUCCUUAAGGUUCAGGUUCGGCUUUGAAGAUGAUCCGAAACCACCUGAGAAAUCGUACUGGGAUAUAGAAGCAGACAAACUUUUUGCAGAAAUGGAGUUUGCUCUUACAGUUGAUGGGAUUGGUGGUUCUUCAGAUGCUUCCAUGGUUUGCAAUGAGGCUGGUAUCACUCUGGAGACUGAAACUAAUCCAGCUACCUGUUGUCGUCAAGGGAACCAUCAGCUGGUUCUUGAUGAACAAAUUGGACUAAGAUGCAAAUUUUGUCCUUUUGUGGCAUUGGAGAUUAAGCACAUUUUACCAUCUGUUGGUAAGCAUCCCUUGUGGGGAUUCUACAGGAAAGACUUCUGCAAAACAGACCAUUUCAGUCUUGAUGAGCUUCAGUUCCAGGACUCGGCUUUUGCAUACCAAUCUGGUUCCAAACAAUACAUUCGUGAGGAAGAAGGCACAGUGUGGGACAUCAUUCCUGGUGUUAAACGUAGCAUGUAUCCACAUCAACGUGAAGGUUUUGAAUUUAUUUGGAAAAACAUAGCCGGAGACAUUUACCUUAAGGAGUUGAAGGAAAAGGCUUUUGGUGGUGGAAGUGGAUGCAUCAUAUCUCACGCCCCCGGUACUGGUAAAACCCGUCUCACCAUAGUAUUUCUCCAGACAUACAUGAAAUUAUGUGGAACGUGCAGGCCAGUCAUUAUUGCUCCCUGUAGCAUGCUCCUUACCUGGGAAGAAGAGUUCCGGAAGUGGAAAGUUGACAUACCCUUUCACAAUUUGAACACGCUGGAGUUUUCUGGGCGGGAAAACCCGAAUGCUGUUAGUUUACUGACAAAAUAUGGACGCCAAAGAAAAAAUCAUGACUCUAUUCGUAUGGUGAAGCUGUAUUCGUGGACAAUGGAUAGAAGUAUUCUCGGGAUCAGUUAUAGAUUAUUUGAGAAACUUGUGGGAGAUAGUGUUCUUGCUGAUGCAGGAACUAAAAGGGCAAAAUCUAAACAUUUUAAUUGUGGUGAGCAAGUUAGGAGAAUGCUACUUGAAAUUCCUACUCUUUUAGUCCUCGAUGAAGGCCACACCCCUCGGAAUGACCAGAGUCUCAUCUGGAAGGCUGUUUCAAGAGUCGAAACUCAAAAGCGGAUCAUCUUGUCGGGGACUCCUUUCCAAAACAACUUUAGCGAGCUGUAUAAUACCCUUUGUUUAGUUAGACCCAAGUUCACUGACGGUAAAAUUUCUGAAACUCAAGGGGAUUCUACAAGGAAACGAGGGCUGAAAAGCAGUGCAGAAGCAAGAGGGCAAUGGGCUUCUCUGACAAGUACGAUUGGUAAGGAUGCUGAUGAUAAUGAUAGGCUCAAUGAGCUCAAAACCAUGAUUAAACCGUUUGUGCAUGUACACAAAGGUUCAAUACUUACAGAAAGUCUUCCAGGCUUGAGAGACUCUCUGGUUGUUUUACAGCCAACCCUUCUGCAGAAAACCUUGAUUGAAGUCAUUCAAGGAAGGAAAAACCCUCUUGAAUUGGAUUAUCUCGUAUCUUUGAUUUCUGUCCACCCUUCUCUGUUGCUUGCAUGUGGUUUAUCUGCACAAGAACAGCUCUCUGUUGACACAAAUAAGCUAGAAAUGCUUAAGCUUGAUCCCGGAGCUGGCGUCAAAACAAAAUUCCUUGUGGAACUCAUUCGGCUUAGUGAGGCACUGAAAGAAAAAGUUUUGGUUUUCAGUCAAUUUAUUGAUUCACUGACCUUCAUAAGACGGCAACUGACAUCUCAUUUUGAUUGGACAGAAGGUAAGGAGGUGCUUUAUAUGGAUGGGGCACUUGACAUUAAGCAUCGACAAUCCUCGAUUAGUUUUCUUAAUGAUCCUGAGAGUGAGGUUCGAGUACUGCUUGCAUCAACGAAGGCUUGUUCUGAGGGGAUAAAUCUGGUUGGUGCUUCAAGAGUUGUUUUGCUUGAUGUUGUUUGGAACCCAUCCGUAGAAAGGCAAGCUAUAAGCCGUGCAUACAGGCUUGGCCAGAAAAAAGUUGUUUACAUCUACCAUCUCAUCAUGUCCGGAACAAAGGAGGGAGAGAAGUAUCUAAGACAGGCUGAGAAGGACCGAUUGUCCGAGCUGGUAUUUUCUUCUGUAGAUGGAGUUCAUAAGCCUGAAAUCUCAUGCACAGUUGCUGAAGAUAUUGUCUUGCAAGAGAUGGUUCAGCACGAGAAGACCAGCCAUAUGUUUGAAAAAAUACUGAACCAACCAAAAGAAUCCAAUUUAAUCGACACUUUUGGUUAGGUGGAUUUUGUCGAACUUCUAAACUGGAUCUGUUGCUGAGAAAUCAUACAUGGUAUUUGCCAUUUGUCAAUUUGAGCUGGAAACCUGUUGAUUGGUAUGUUUCCCAUCCAUUUUUUGUAUUUAAUGGGUGAUUGAGUUGUUUUGAAAUUCUUGAUAGUAACUAGUGAAUAAUAAUUCAAAUUUUAUAGUUUUGAGAAAGGAUUUUGUAGUGAUUAACAUCAAAUUUUAUAGUUUGAGCUGAAUGAAA